AUGCCUUCAAAUCUACCGUACGCCGCCGACGCUGAAAGCCCUCUGAAACCUGCGGAACUACAAGUUCUGCGUGCCCAGUACGAGAAAGAAGGUGAAUAUGUUGGGGUUCAGACAAAGUUCAAUUAUGCAUGGGGCCUGAUCAAAUCCAACCAGCGGAGCGAGCAACAACUGGGCGUUCAACUACUCUCUGACAUCUUCAAGACAACCCCUGAAAGGAGAAGAGAAUGUUUAUACUAUCUGGCCUUGGGAAACUACAAGUUGGGAAACUAUGCUGAAGCAAGGCGGUACAAUGAGCUAUUACUGGAGAAGGAGCCUGGAAAUCUGCAGUCCGCUAGCCUGCGACAAUUGAUCGACGACAAGGUAUCCAGGGAGGGCCUGAUGGGUGUUGCAAUCAUUGGCGGCGUCGCUGUGGCCGCAGGUAUUGUUGGGGGUAUCUUGAUGAGAGGGUCACGAAAGAGGUGA